AUUGUCCUUGAAACAGAAUAUACAAACAUCGGCGCACUUUCGUUGUAUCAUAAUUUGGGAUUCAUAAGGGAUAAACGUCUUUACAGAUAUUAUCUUAACGGUGUGGACGCGUUUCGACUAAAAUUAUUUUGUAAAGGUGAACAAGCGAACGAAAAAGGUUCAGACGAGACAAUAUGUGAUAAAGACUAG